AUGGAAGAUAUAACCGACGAAAGGUUUUGGGGCUACCUUCAAAAAUAUUGUGAAGAAAUCAAAGACGAAGAUUCAAAAUCUGCAGCCGACGGUUCUGUUUCUCAACCCAAAAGCAAAAAAAGUGCCAAAAAGGCGGCUGCGAAGCCCUUGGAGUUGCCAAAGUAUGUUUGUGGUGUUUUGAAAGAUUUGCGUGAAGCGGAGACGGGAGUUUUAUCAGAAAUUGCUCCUUGUUUCAGUCAUUAUGUGUUGAUGAAGAAGAUUAAGGUUAUUGAUUGGACUCUUGAAUGGGAAACAAAAUUCGAACGAUGGAAAUACUUUCGUUGGGUUUCUUGGGCGAUUCGUCACGGCAUAAUCAGCCCAAUGCCAGCAUCACCUCUUAGAGUUUUAACGAUCACAUCUUUUAUGAAAAACUGUCACGAAUACAUACUAAAUUUGGACAAACCUGAACCUAAGCCUGUGGUUGCUGCACCUAUCGAGGGUAAAGGGAAAGCUGGUAAAGCGCCCAAAGAUCAAAAGAAACCAGCCAAGGGUACCAAAGGCACCAAAAUAAAAGAACCGCCUCUACCACCAGAUCCGAGUAUCUGGUUCAACAUGCAAGAAAUCAAGGAGCAUCUCUCCAAAAUCAUAAUAUUCGUCAAACCAUCUUGUUACUCUUGCAAUAUAAAACUGACAGACUACACACCGAAACAACCUUUAGCAAACACUGCCAAAAGCUCUGCAAAAACCGCCACCAAAGAUAAAACAACCACCAAAGAUAAAACAGCCAAAACAAGUAAAAUCAAACCCAAAGAACCACCACCAGAGGAUAAAGUCUACCAGAACAUAGUUUGGCCGAAUUGUUUAUCUCUGACUAGAAACUCUCAUGCGUUUUUGUUUAUUGAUAACCCAAAUGUGGUGAAUUUGAUAAUAAGUUUUUCCCAUCUCGAUUUGUACUCUUUGGAAUCUGUUGUGCCACUCGACGAAGAAAUUAGGAGGCUGAAUUCUAAGAAAAGGAUUAGUUGGCAGGAGGAUGAGACUAUGACGAGUAAACCGGCUAUGGGCAGGGUUGUCUUGGAGAAAUAUUGCUGGGACGGUUUUGCAUACUCGGAACCUGAAGUUGUGGUGGAGACACUCGGUAACACAUCCCAAGAAAUCGAAUUCAGUCCAGGCCGACACGUCUUCAUAAUCUGGGUAAAAUCCGGUUCGACUUACAAUUUGCAUUUUAUAACAAACGAUAAAAUAUUUGUCGGGAGCCAAGAAAAAGUGUCGGAGCUGAUGGCUUUUGAGUGCACUCGUUUGACCAACUUAGCAUUUUUAAUGAGCGAUAAAUAUUACGAUCUUAUGACCAGCUUGGGCACUAAAAAUUACCCUGGUGCAUUGAAAGCUUUUUAUAGAACGAUUCAAGAGGAAAAUUGUUUUGGGGACGAAAUUUGGAAAAUGAUUUUUGGAGAGGUGAUAGAAGAGUUGAAGGGGUCAAUUGAUGGUGUCGAUAAUUGCGUGAAGAGUUUAAGAAUUUUAUUCCUUAACCCGUAUAUAAAAAUUGCAACUAGUAAUUGCAAUAUUGAAGAUCAAAGUUUGGAUUUAUCAUCAUCAUCUUUCGAUGAUGACUAUUCUAGUUCUGUUUCUACGAUCCCAAGUGUUGAGAAAAAUGCUGCAAUUGUUAUCCAGAAUUUUUUUAAAAUGCUGUACGUCAAAAGUUUGAAGUCUUAUCAUUCGACAAAGCAUCCAAAAUUUUUGGAAGUUUUUGGUGACUUAAAAAAAGUUUUUGAUGCCGUUUUUGCCGAUGCCAGGAGAGAAAUUUGUGUGCCCAAAGUGUUUAAAAGUCUUUUUGGAAAAUCUGAGAUAUUCAGGAAUUUAUUUCGGGCUUAUGAUGACUUGCAGUACGAAUUAAGAUUCGAUGCCUUUACCGGUGUUACAAAGGAAAUAGGCCCCAAUGGUUGGACAGCACUGAUGAAGGCUGUUUUAUUUUGUCAUUCUGAAGAACCGACAAGAUAUAAAUUAAAACUGUAUUGUCCGUUGAGUAUACAAAAGCUCACAAUAUUUGAUAAUGAUUCCGGAGAAGAAAUUCAAAGCUGUUGUAUGUUAUCACAAAACACAAAAGGAUAUACUGUAAUCGGUUUUGGAUGGAGUUCAUCUUCGGAGACAAUAAAUGAUUUACCUUGGAAAUUAGUUGCAUACAGAUCACCAUUCACUAAAUCUUUGCAUAUGUGUAAUAACAAUAAACCAGUUUGUUCGAUUUUGGGGGCAUGUAAAUUAUCAGCCGUCAAGAUUCGCAAUAUAUACGUCCCCAACGCAAACAACGUGAUAGCAAGAUGCCUCAUCAAAAUAAUUGGUGAUAUUGAUAUUUCUAUAUGUUUUGCCACUUCGUACGAACAUGCUAAAAUAAAUUUGGCACUUUAUUCCGAUAACGAAACUUGUUUGGCUACCAUGAUUGGAAGGGGAAGUGUUAUAAUUCCUUUGGCAAAACUUACUUACGAACGCGAAUCUGAUCUAUCAAUAAAUCCUUCCAAUGAAGAAGAGGAUGAUGAAGGUUUUGGCACCAGCAAUGGUGAAGAAACCCAAUUUGAGAGCACAGAAGACCUAACAAUCCAGCAAAAAAUAUGUUACGUCGAAGCUAACAUUUUAGAAGACACUUGGCCAUUAACAAUUGAAGAAUGGGCCAUUGCAGAAUCCACCAGGAGAAAAAAUUAUUUGAAGUCAAACGUGGACGACGAUUAUUUUUCCAUGGAGUCAGAAAAUUCCAAACAAGAACCCGAAGAAUCAAAUUCGGCCAACAGUUCGCCUUGGUGGGAACUCCGUGUGUUUUCCGAAGAAACCAGUACGUCUAUUGUUGUUGAAGAAGAUCGUACGGAAAUUGAACGAAUUUUGGAUAUGAAACGUGGUUGGGAAGAGAAGGAACCUGGCAGGUUGCAAAGGGGAGAAGAACUUAGGCGACAUUUUUACGAAUGCAACAGAUGGAACAUGCCUUACUGCUUACCUGGCGAAAUUUCUUAUGCAGACUUUAUGGUUUUUGGUGAAGAUGCAAAUCUAUCUCCACCUUACACCAGUUCUGCCUAUGAUGCAUUUAGUAAUUUGGAUUCGGACAAAAGAACUAUUGUCAACCCAUUCACACAACAAAUCUUGAAUAUUGUUCCUGAGCUUCAAGUGCCAGAAAGAAGCACUGACCCAAGACUGAUAACUAAAUUGGAAGGCGAAGUCAUGGCUUACACCAGAAAAAUCGCAGAAGCCGAUUUUCGUUUGGAUAAUAUUAUGUACGAAAUUAAUUUCAACAAAAUUUACAACGAUCGCAAUAGAAGAUGUGGUAUACUUCGGCAAGAGUUAAAAGAAAUGGAGCAAAGAUGCGAUAUGGAAGAACAGUUAGUUUACAUGCAAAGACAAGCAUAUUUACAAACUUUAAUAAACGAGCAGAAACAAAAAGCUUUGGAGGAGGCUCAAGAAAAAAAGCGUUUGCAAGAAGCAAAAAAAGGCGCCCAGAAAGAAAAUAAAGCCAAGGAUAAGAAAAAGGGCAAGAAAAAAUACUUUUCACAUUUCAAGAAAGAAAAUAAAGCCAAGGAUAAGAAAAAGGGCAAGAAAAAAUCUAAGUGCAUUAGAUGGUAG